AUGGGACCAAGGCGGAAAAAUAUGAAAAUGUGUUCCACAAGCAGGGAAGUCCCUAUAUGUAUCAUAGUUGCUGAACCGAAGGACUAUAUGAACCAGCUUUCACAUGAAGUGCUAUGCCAUAUCUUUAGGUACCUUCCCCUGCAGGAUAUCAUGUGCAUGGAAUGCCUCUCCAGGAAGCUAAAAGAAGCAGUCACCCUAUACUUGAGGGUGGUGAAAGUUGUGGAUCUCUGUGCUGGCCGCUGGUGGGAAUAUAUGCCUACUGGCUUCACAGAUUCCAGCUUCCUGACCCUCCUGAAGAAGAUGCCAGACAUUGAACAGCUCUAUGGGCUUCACCCCAGGCAUCUUGACAGGCGAAGAGUUCGUGGCUAUGAAGCUUUUAGUAUUCCUGGAGUCUUAGAGGCCUUGCAAGCUUGCCCAAAUCUGCUAGGUGUCGAGACUUCCCAUCUAGAGCUGGUAGAAGCCAUUUGGACGUACAUGCCACAAGUCCACAUCCUCGGGAAGUUUCGCAAUCGCAACGGUGCCUUCCCGAUCCCACCUGAAAACAAACUGAAAAUACCAAUAGGAGCAAAAAUUCAGACUUUGCACCUAGUAGGAGUUAAUGUCCCCGACAUCCCUUGUAUCCCGAUGCUGAGGCAUCUGUAUCUGAAGUGGGUGAGGCUCACCAAACCACAGCCUUUUAAAGAUUUCCUUUGCAUCAGCUUACGCACUUUUGUCAUGAGGAAUUGUGCAGGACCCACAAACUCACUGAAGUACGUCCCCCUGGUCACAGGCUUGGCUUCUGCCCGAAACCUGGAACAUCUAGAAUUAGUUCGAGUUCCCUUCCUUGGAGGUCUUAUCCAGCAUGUUGUAGAAGACAGCUGGAGAUCUGGGGGGUUCAGAAAUUUGCACACAAUAGUUCUGGGAGCUUGCAAGAAUGCUCUAGAAGUAGACCUCGGCUACCUCAUCAUAACUGCUGCACGAAGGUUGCAUGAAGUACGAAUCCAGCCUUCCCUAACCAAAGAUGGUGUAUUCUCUGCACUAAAAAUGGCAGAACUGGAGUUUCCACAGUUUGAAACCCUUCAUCUGGGAUACGUUGAUGAGUUUUUGCUGCAGUGUAAAAUGAUCAAUGCAGAUCUAGUGAAGUACGGCUUAGCUGAUGUAGUUGAAAAUCCAGGAAUCAUCACCGACAUUGGAAUGAAAGCGGUGAAUGAAGUCUUCUCUUCCAUUAAAUAUCUUGUCAUAUACAACUGUCCGCAUCUACAUAACCCAAGCAGUUGGAUCACAGACCAUUCAAGAUGGACUCGGUUGUUUGAUCUCACCUUGGUACGAUGUCAUGCAAUAAAACUAGACUCUUUUAGUCAGUUUAUUGAGUUACUGCCAAGCCUGGAGUUUAUCUCUCUGGACCAGAUGUUCCGGGAGCCUCCCAAGGGAUGCGCUCGAGUAGGUCUGAGUGCCGGUACAGGGAUUGGUGUUUCUUCUGCUUUGGUCAGCAAUCAGAACUCCAACAAUGAAAAUGACAACAAUAACAAUCACCAGAACAACAAUGCAAACAUACAUCAUAACAACCACCAGCAGCCAAAUGACCAGAAUGAGGAGAAUGAGUUGCGGCAGGAGGAACAGGCUGAAGAGCAGCAGAUUGCAGCAGAGGCACUGAAUGAUAUGGAGGAGGUGGCACAGGAAGAUGGAGUGGCUCUGGCAGAGAGCCAAAGCGAAGCCUCUGUGACAAAUCAGGCACUUCUUCCCAUGGAAGUUGAUGAGGAGCAAGCAGGGCCCAGUGGCCUUCAGCCUAAUGUAAAGCUAGCACCUAUUACUGUCCAUGACUCAGAUAGUGAAGAUGAAGAUGAGAACAUGGCGACCUCGAGAUCCUACAUUACAAACAGCAUUGCGCAAAGUUAUUCAGAUGGAGAAGAGAGAAUCAGAGAUCCUGUGGAAAUCCGGGAACCUUCAGUGAGCGGCAAAGGUAAAGCUCCUCUGCGGAAGAGAUGCAACGCCAGCCGGGUGAAGCUGUUCCUUUCGGAGGAGAGCAGCUGCGAAAAGGGCUGCCAAGUCACUAGCGAGCAGAUCAAGGCCGAUAUGAAAGCAGCCAGCGACGUGACCGCAGAGAGGAAUAAAAACAAAGACAGUUACCCUGGCAGUGGCGGUGCAGGGCCUCCAGGGACCUCGACCCCAACUGCUUCUCAGAGCCCUGAUGACACAAGGACAGCUAACAGUUCCAGUGAGGCCCCCGUUGCAGAGGACCCUGGGAAGUGCCUCUGCAGAAGUGAAGGCUCCAACGAGAACGACAGUGAGGAGAGCGCUUUUUGCUCCAGGUGUUCCUGCUACGUAUCCCAGAGCCAACAAAGGAGGACUAACGGGGUGUCUGAUGACGAAUGCCCCUCUACCAGUGGCACUGGUGGCAUGAACGGACCAAACGUGGGAGGGGCAGAAUUUUCACUCAGAACAUUGCCGACCUGUGGCUCUUCAGGGGAGGCCAGCAAUGAGAGGACUAAUGAGAGAGUAUCCGGGUCUGCUAAUGGGCAACAGAGCACUACCCCACAGCAUGGGAGGUAUGAAAUGGAGUUUACGGAAGAUUACCCCCGCAGGCCCGUAACGAGAGCCAGAAGCAGACUUUCCCAUGUGCCCCUCGUUUCUCAAUCAGAAGCAACCAAACCAAAGCCCCGGCAUUCAGUGAAACGAAAACGAACAGCAGACAAGUCCACAAGCACCAGUGAUCCUGUGAUUGAAGAUGAUCACAUCCAGGUCCUGACACUGAAAUCCAAAAACCUUGUUGGGAUCACAUUGACAAACUGUGGCAUAACAGACCUAGUGCUGAAAGACUGCCCUAAAAUGAUGUUUAUUCACGCUACCAGGUGCCGUGUACUCAAGCACUUAAUAGUAGAGAACGCGCCAAUUGUCAAUCGAUUUGACUAUGCUCAGUGCAAAAAACUUAAUAUGGAUCAAGUGCUGGAUCAAAUUUUGCGGAUGCCCCCCGAAAGAAACAGGAUAAUUUACCUUCGCCCAAUGCAGCAGGUUGACACACUGACUCUAGAACAGAAGAUUUUUAGUGGCCCUUAUCCAUAUCACAUCUGUAUAAUCCAUGAGUUCAGUAAUCCUCCAAAUGUUCGCAACAAGGUGCGCAUUCGCAGCUGGAUGGACACCAUAGCAAACAUUAAUCAAGAGCUAAUUAAAUACGAGUUCUUCCCUGAAGCCACACGAACAGAAGAGGACUUGAUAAAAUAUACCAAGUAUCCCUGGGGAAGAGACAUUUAUACUCUUGAAGGUACCGUAGAUGGGGCCCCCUACUCCAUGAUUACGGAUUUCCCUUGGUUAAGAUCUCUCAGAACAGCGGAGCCUAACGGCUACGCCAGAUACGACUUUGAGGAUGAUGAAAAAACUACAAUUUAUGCUCCUCGGAGAAAAGGGCAGCUGUCAGCGGACAUCUGCAUGGAAACGAUAGGCGAAGAGAUCUCCGAGCUUCGUCAGAUGAAGAAAGGUGUGUUCCAGAGGGUGGUAGCGAUCUUCAUCCAUUACUGCGAUGUUAAUGGGGAGCCAGUAGAAGAUGACUACAUUUGAAUGGAAUCGCCUGUAGACAUCCGGCCCUUCCUCCCUUUUGACUGGCACGCCAGCAGCAAAAGCGAGUGGAUUUCUUCCACUGCCUUAGUGCACUGAGAGGUCUUGGAACUUGUGUGUUUCGCAAUUGCCCCCAAUGCCUACUGGAAUAGAGUUUGUAGUACAUGUAUAAUGAGAAGUUGCGUCAAAUACUGAGGACUCUACAUAGGAAAAAAAAAACCUUCCUAAAGUUGACUUUAUUUCAUAUGUUUAUAUAACAAAAUUUAAUUUAAGUUCCAUUUUAAUGAAGGCGACUGAUGGCAAAGGAGAAGAAAAAGUUUGUAUUUCUUAGCCUGUAUGAUUCAUAGCAGUAUUUUUUUUUUUUUUUUGUCCGUCACAAGCAAGCCCCAUAUGCUAUGUUCAGGAGUCACAGGAGUCUUUUAAUCUGUGCCUUUUUUCCUCUUGAGCAUCGAAGAGUCCAAUCUGAGUAAAUCUGUUCAACACUC